AUUAGUAUUUUGUUGGGCGAAAGAAAAGGGCAAAUGAAAGGUGUGGUGUUUUUGUGGUUAAAUUUGUUGGAGUCUCCAUCGCUGCAUUUAACAUGAGGAGUCUACUCUCUUACUCCCCACUUCUCAGAACAUCGAUUUCCUCUAUUUGGUCAGCCACUACAAUCACCAGAACUAAUCCUCUCUCGCAAAUUCAGUUUUUAUGCAGUUCAAAUAUCUUGAAAAGUGUUAAAACCAGCGCCGAUUCUCGACGAACCUUUGUGAUCAUGGCUGCUAGCGAAGAAUUCGUGAAGGGAACCGUCUUUCCUAAUGGCAUCGCAGUAAUCACCAUGGAUCGUCCAAAAGCUCUAAAUGCCAUGAACUUAGAUAUGGAUGUGAAGUACAAAAAUUACCUGGAAGAAUGGGAAGCGGAUCCUAGAGUCAAAUGUGUUCUGGUGGAGGGCUGUUCAUCCCGUGCAUUCUCAGCAGGAAUGGACAUAAAGGGGGUUGCUGCUGAAAUUAAAAAGGACAAAACCACUCCUCUUGUGCAGAAGGUAUUUACUGCAGAAUAUUCUCUCAUAUGCAAAAUUUCUGAGUACAAGAAGCCAUAUAUUUCCUUCAUGGAUGGCAUAACCAUGGGUUUUGGAAUUGGUCUAUCUGGUCAUGGUCGCUACCGUAUUGUUACUGAGAGGACACUGCUUGCGAUGCCAGAAAAUGGAAUUGGCUUGUUCCCAGAUGUUGGAUUUGCUUACAUGGCUGCACAGAGUCCAGGAGGAGGAUCAGUUGGUGCUUAUCUUGGGUUGACUGGAAAAAGGAUUUCUUCUCCUGCUGAUGCAGUAUACAUAGGUCUUGGUACCCAUUAUGUGCCAUCUGGAAGUUUAGGUUCACUGAAGGAGGCUCUUCUUGCAUUAACCUUCUCUGAUGAUCCCCACAAAGAUGUCGAGGGACUUUUGCCCAAAUACAGCAAGGAGCCGGACUCAGAGGGCCAACUGAAGUUGCUUUUACCUCAGAUAGUUUCCUCAUUUGCUGGGGAUAAGUCGGUAAUUGAGAUAAUUGAGGAGAUUGAGAAACAUCAUCUGAGUACGGAACCUAAGGUGGCAGAAUGGGCUAAUGAAGCACUUUUAGGGAUUCAAAAAGGGGCUCCUUUCUCUCUAUGUUUAACGCAAAAUCAUUUCUCUAGAGUUGCAUCUGCACUUGGGAGAACUGACAAUGAAUUAUGCAACUUAAGUGGGGUGAUGAAAGCUGAAUACCGCAUUGCUUUAAGGUCCUCACUUCGAAAUGAUUUUGCUGAAGGUGUUCGAGCAGUUUUGGUUGACAAGGACCAGAAAAAGAGAAGGGUGGUGGGGGGAGUAUAUGAUCUGUAAAGCUAUUUCUCUGGCGGCAACAUUGACCUCAUUUGAUAUUUGAUGUUGACUGAAGACUAUAAUUUGUUUGGUGCAAUUGUAGUGAAUAACAAACUGGAUUGUAUAAAUUGGUUAUGUAAGAGUAAUGCAUGUCAUGAACAAAGUAAAACUAAAUUAAUAGUUUGAUUACAUUACUUAGACUCGGCAGAUAUGCAAGACAAAUUGUUAGUCUGGGAUCAGUUGACAACUA